GUCAAAAGGAGGAAGACGAGAGCGUAGAUUAGGCGAGACGGCUUGAGUGUGUUUAUUGUUACAAUAGUUUUCGUUUUACACAAGUUCUAACAAACUAUUUCACAUACUACAGGGUCUUGGGAUAGUACAUAAUAUGCUUGUCUCCUUGAAAAACGAGCCAACAUGAGUAUCAGCUGGUGGAUGAAUGUUGUGCUGUUGGUAGUCCUGACCACUAUCUCCAGUGUUGCCGCAUCUCCACCACUCUCUGUCAACCUCUUUCAGCUGUUGGAUAACUACACAAAUAAUGCUGAGCGACCAAAGAGACAAGAAACUUCUGAACUCUGCGACUUUGGCACUGAUGCGGAUCUCAACACGUGUGAGUGGUCCAACCGCAAUGGGACGGCGCUGCGCUGGGAGCUAGGGGCUGGAACCCUGUCUAACUGGCUCGGGGGACCUACAAGGGACGCUAGUGGAACUGAGGACGCGGAUAAAGGAGGGUACAUAUUCUUUGAGACAUCUCUGUUAGCGGCCCCUGUCCUACGUGUGGAUGACAUCACUAUCCGAGAAGGCCAGAAUGCUUUCAUCGAGAGUCCAAUACUGAGCACAACAGGGGCUGAAGGAAAGUGUGUUGGCUUUAGUUUUGCCAUAGAUGGUUUGAGUGCUUCGGGGCUGCGGAUUAUCUUGCAGCCAGUAAACAAGGAUGGGAAGCCUGAUGGGUACCUUCGGGUUCUUUGGGGCACCAAGGACCCUACCAACCACAUGUGGAUGAAGUCUGAAGUCUUGUACACUUACAACAAGGACCACCAGAUAGUGUUUGAAGGAGUGGCCAAGGAACUGCCGGAUCCUUACCGCAAGUAUCGAGGCUACGUAGCCGUGGACAGCAUCAUGCUUAAGCCUGGGUCGGAGUGCAAGGGCCACUGUACAUUUGAAGGGGGCUUCUGCGGCUGGACCAACGAUGCCAAUGACGACUUUGACUGGUCUUUGGGGCGUGGGAGCCGUAACCCCUCCACUGGACCGGCCACAGAUCGCUCCAGCUUCAUCUACGGAGGUAUGGAGGGAGGUUACGCCUUCAUCGACUCUUCCUACCCUCGCAGACCUGGCGAUGUAGCUCGGCUCUCUAGUAUGGAGUUUGAACCUACAGGGGCUGACAUGCCAUUGUGUAUGCGGUUCUGGACACACAUGUAUGGGAAUGGAGUAGGAACUCUCAGCAUCCAUCUACAAGACACAAGAGACAGUACGGAGCAGCAGAUAUGGAGUCUAUCAGGGGAGGCUGGCAAUGCCUGGUAUCAGGCUGAGGUACCUGUGUCUUCAGCCAACACUUUCAAGAUUGUGUUGGUUGGUAAAAUUGGGAAAAAUAACCUUGGUGACAUUGCUGUGGAUGAUAUUUCACUAACUCCUGGCAGUUGUCCCACUGCUCCACAAGUAGCGGCUCCAGGAUCAGGUGAUUGUACUUUUGAAGUGGAUGAAUGUGGUUGGUCUAAUGUGGGCUCCCGUGAACGAGUGGAUGACAUAGACUGGGAGCGAACCUCCGGUCAAUCCUUGCGCACGGCAACCAUAGACCACACUUUGGGAACUGAGAAAGGGUACCUGAUGACCCUGGCUCGUAGCACUGUCCAAAGACCUGGCAGUAGAGCUUGGUUCACAUCUAGAGACCUCAAGACUGAAGGCCUCACAGGACCAAAAUGUCUCUCCUUCUGGUACCUGAUGAAUGAACCUUUCAUAGACAACGCAGGACCUAGCCUAGGAGCCCUGUCAGUGUAUGCCAAGCCAAUGGAUGGCUCUAAGGACAUGAAGCCUGUAUGGAGACUAUACAACCACCAGGGACCAGAGUGGCAAUAUGCUCAGGCUCUUAUACAGGAGCCAAAUGACAUGAUUAUAAUUGAAGGUAUCUGGGGAUCAAGUCGAGCCAAUGGGUUCAUCGCAUUUGAUGACAUAACAUUUUUCGGUGGAGCUUGUUCAACAAUCCCAGGAGGAGCAGUAGUGAGGCCAGGAGAGUGCAGGUUUGAGCGAGACAUGUGCGGAUGGAGCAACGGAACAGACAAGAUGGCGUCAUCUUGGAGACUUGCCACAGUUACACGACGACCAGCAAACCUUCCUGACAAGACCUUUGGAGCACCUGAUGGAUACAUAUACUACGAUCUCUUCAACCAGAUUCUCGGCAGCAACAUGGUACAACUAGUGUCCCCUCUUAUAACCUCAGGGGACGACACUCAGUUAUGUUUCUCAUUCUGGUAUGCUGCGUUUGGAGCAGGAGACUCGGCGGUUCUGCAAGUUAUUCGCCAAGAUAACUCCUCAGGAGAAGCGUUGCUUGAUAAGGUAUGGAGCCUGGAGGCAAAGAAUAUGGACACCACUAGGCCAACAUGGAUGCCUGCUCAGGUGACGUUGGAUGCAAGCACGGACUUCCGAAUUGUUCUUGGUGGCCAAGCAACCAAUGGCGGUUUCGCUGUAGACGACAUUGGAUUUUCCUCUGGCUCCUGCCCAACACGACCUGAAAGUGCAGAAAUGAAAACCAACCAAGAGCUUCAAUCACAACAGUAACUUGGAAAAACUUAGCUGCAAUUUACAAACUUGCCAAAUAAACUUUUGAAAACAAGCAUGAUUUAAUUUGAUUUGUUUGUGAUCUUCAGUUAGUUUUGUGAACCUCUACCAGUGAUUGUGUUACCAGAGGCUUAACAUGUAAAUAAUUUACUUUAGUUGACAUUUUUAAGUACCAUCAGUAUUAGUUUAGAUUCAUUGUAUAUUUCAUUUUUUAUAUCUCCUAAUACUAUUUAUUUGUAAGUAAUCACUUUUAGCGGUAAUUGAGUUUUUCUAUGAUUGUAAA